AUGCGCCCAACGCUCUUUCGGCCGUUUGUCCUGCUCGCGUUAGCUCAUCUCAUCAAGCCUUCCUACACGCUUUUGGACUCGGGAGCUUCUGCAAAUGUAGGGGAAGCAUCUGCUGACAGUGUUCCUACGAGGAAGGACCGUGUCUUGUCCAAAGAUUUUCCAGCAGGUUCGCUCCUCGUGACAGACUCAGAACACUCGAGCAACCGCCCUGGAUGUAGGAGGUCGACCAACUUUUUUGAGCAGGUGUGCAGCAUUCCUUCUGGCGGCUCGAAAGAUACAGACAGUAGGAUAUCAUCAAAAUUGCUCGCGCCGCUUGUAGCGGCUGACCUACUCAUCUGCGACCUUCCAGAGGUCGAACCCUUGAUGCAAACAGAAUCCAACCUUCAAGCAUCUCAAAAGCUGCCAAAGGCUGCUUAUGCCAUUUCUGGAACAGUAGUGGUGCAAGAAUCAGAUGCUAAGGAGCGCUUAGAUGCCAAAAACCUUGCAGAACUAACCGAUUCCUCCUGCUUCACUUGCGAAAAUGCCGUGUCAGAGAACGCCAUCACCGACCCUUCUGGCGGCCAACCAGACACUUCAUAUCCUGGGCCGGAUGAUGUGGGAUUCUGGAGACAGAGGGACGGACUACACGAAUGGCAUCCAGCAUUAGAGUCGGUCACCAAAGAAAUCCGAACUACGCGGGAUACGGACUCAAACGUCUUUCAAAGCUCGAAUCAGGCCGGUAGUCGCGUACCACACCAUCAGGACACUUCUCGUUUAAGCGAAUACGAUGCCUGGUCAGCCGAACAAGAGCAAGGUGCAUUUCUCAGUUUCAACGAGUGGAAGGAGCGACAUGCCAACGACCCAUCUGCUCAGCUCCGAAGGGCAAAAACACACAAUGCACGCGCAGAUGCUUCGGAUCACACCGCACAGGUGCGAUCGCCUUCGACCGAUCCAAGCGUACCUAUACAGCAGUCUGAAAUCGAUUACCAAGCUGCGCAUAUGGUUGCUGACCGAGAUGGUCAUCAAGGCUCGACUGCACAGACCACACGCCGCCAGCGCGAUGACUACACAUCAACAUCUCCGUCCGCGACUAAGACCUCGGCGCCGUUGCAGACCGGAGCUACGGAAACCACGGCAACCGAUGCACCACCCAGGAGAAGCAUUCUAGACGAGGCACAGGAAUCUUCUGCACAUAAAGUGGGCUUUAGCGUGGCUGCACAUGCCACGAGCUCGCAGUUGUUGAAGCUCAAGCACCGAUGGAAUUUCGCCUCAUUGGACUGCGCCGCAGUCGUGCAUAGGACAAAUCCAGAAGCAAAAUUUGCGAGCUCGAUUUUGAGCGAAAAGAAAGAUCGCUACAUGCUUUCUCCUUGUCCGCAACCGGGUGGCAAGCUCAAAGGCGGCAGCCAGUUUGUUAUUGUCGAGCUUUGCGAGAAGAUCAAGAUUGAUACCAUCGUACUUGCCAACUACGAAUUCUUCAGCAACAUGUUCAAGAAGUUCACAGUCACAGCGGCUUCACAGCUGACUGGAAUGGAGAACGACUGGACACAGCUUGGCGUCUUUAGAGCGCGCAACGUUCGCGGACAGCAAGUCUUUCGCAUACCUUCUGCACCACGAUCAGAGGACUUUUUCCGUUACGUUCGCAUCGACUUUCUCGAGCAUUUCGGCAGCGAAUUCUACUGUCCCGUAAGCCUACUUCGUGUAUAUGGAAUAACCGAGAUUGAGGCAAUCAAGAUGGAAUUCGAACGGCACAGUGCCGAGCUGAAUCUCGCUCCAGAGGUCGGCGAGGCGGAAGAGGAUACAGUUGGUGACGUGCAACGACCUUCGCUCACAUCAGCAGACGCACCAAACGCCGAAGUGCCGGUGGCACGAGAUCUCCACCCCAGUAUAGACUCGGCCGGUUUUACAUCCCAGGAUGAAGACAUUUGGCGAAAGCACGAGCAAGCCUUUCAACGUAAGCAUCAAAACCGAACGGUAAUCCGCGAAGCGGCCGAGCUCGACAUUGGUGUUACAUUUGUAGCUCAAAUCGACAACGCAUCCUCACAGAAUUCAUCAGCACCAGUUCAAUCAGGACAGGCAGGUACGCCCGCGACUACCCACACCGUUCCAGGCGAUGAUCUCGGGUCGAAUCUUGCCGAUGCAGCACACUGUGCUCUCGAGAAUGAUCCGAAUUUCUUGGCGCGAACCAAUAACAUAUGCAUUCGUCCUCGAGGGCAGACAAAGCCGUUUUACCACGUCUCACGGUUCCGCACUGAUGCCAGGUACACCACCAGUGCACUGGAUUCGGGAUCGGCCGCAAAGUUAGAUCGGCCUUCAGUCGAUUCGCCUACCAAGUCUCGCCCUGUACCUGCAGCCACAAAUGGUGCAGAGUCCGAUCUCGAUCGAGGCCGGCGCGCAACCUUGCAAAGGCCCAGCGGGAGCUUGCCAAGCCAGCAGGCUAGUCAGGGCAGCGAGUCAGUCUAUCGAGCUAUCCACAGGCGUCUCAACGCUCUCGAGUCCAACGCGACUUUGAGUCACAGCUACAUCGAACACAGCGGGCAGAUGCUGCGCGAAGUCUUCGCUCGCAUGGAACGCCGUCAGGAAACGCGCUUGUCAAACAUGCUGAGAGCCUUGAAUGCCAGCAACUGGCAACAGAUCGAGUCGCUUAAAAGAAGACAACACGUGGAUCUGCAGCGCGCAAUCUUUGAAUUCGAUGUACACCGACAACAAGCCGAUAACGAGCGCCGAGCACUGCUUCGUGAAGUACAGAUCCUUGCAGAAGAGGUUCUUCUCGAGAAAAGGCUUUCCAUCGCGCAGCUGGUCAUGCUGCUCGUUGUAUUCAUCUUCGUUGGCAUGACGAGAGGAUCGAGGCCCGUUCCACUUCUGCACGCUGGUUUCAACAAGAUCGGGCGCGGCUCUAAGCGGAGUGAAGCACACAUCGACGCCACGACUGUCGUCUCAGGGUCUCCAAGCAAAGCGACUCAUCGUGUCGAACCAAGUUUUGAUGCUAGACGACAAAAAGUCUCUCCCUUGAGGGAAAGCAAGCUGAGUCAGGCUCGAAAGGAAUCACGUCCCGAGUGUAGCAACAAAUCCGCUUCAGGAUCACACCUUGCAAGAUGUAACGUAGAAGAUGCGAAGCUGGCAAGUCGCUUUUCUCUGUACGAGGCUCCAGGAAUACCACGAAUUGUCGCAAGCCCGAAAGUGGGCUCACAAAAUUAUCCACGCAAAAGCGGUAAGACUUUGCUCGCCACCUUUGCUGGUCGUGCCGCUCCACGGGGAGAAAAAAUGAUUGGCAUGCAUUCGCAUCCACGCCCCACAGGUCACCUGAUGAUGAUUCUGGAGACCUUGGACGCUUUAGAUCGAGCAGCAUAUCGUCGACGGUUGUCAAGGACAUCAACACGCCGAAAGUUGGAUGUGCCUCGUUAUGCACUUCGCAGCAACACACUCAAUCUUCCUGCAGCUCCACAUGGAACAGACCUCAAUUUGAUGCCAUCGUCAGCCAUGGCCCGACGCGCCGCACGUCCUAAUCGAUCUACUGCGACACACAAGCCGGAGCUAGAUUUUGUACAUGGUCGACGUCAUGGUACACCUGGUCGAGACAAGUGGACUGGGUCGUUGAGGCUCGACGAUACAGCUGGCAUGUCUUCCGACUGGACAGAGCGCUCCGAAAAUGGCGAAGUUUCCGAGAAUGCACCGAAUACGUCGGAGGACGAGGAUAAAGCGAUCCGCGCAGCGAGGUCAGACCUGAUUAAUUUGGAGCCCGUGGAGAACGUGAGGGCUAUGAUGGCUUUGGAUAGGACGGAAGGCAAACAAGACAUUCAAGAGCCCAGCGAUCGCUCCUCGGUAAUCCCAGCGAGCGAACUUGCAUCUACUGGCUCAGCUCCACCGCCAGAUCCUGCAGAUUGGCCCGUUGGUCACUCCCAGCUUGACAAGCAUAUUGCUGCAACAGAAUUGCCCAGAAUUGCGAGAGCAGAUGGCCAUUUGUCGAGCUCAGAUUCGGAAUCUGAGGGAGGGGCAUGGCAUAGAGUAUUGCCUAGACGUACUGGAAAUAGCAACAGUCUUCGCAGAGCCAGGCAGGCAACGAUCGAUGACAAGACGCAAAGAAUGGAUGGCGAAGCAAGGGUCAAUACCAAGACAGAAGCGUCGGAACGCAGGGGAAGUUCACGUCCCUCUUCAGCUCACGGAACUGGGUUUAGGUCACAAAAUCCUGCUUUGAGUCGGCUGUUCAGAACGGGCACACCUGAGCACUGGGGUCCAGAAUCGUCACAGAACCAGCGCAGCGGUACACCGGACACAAUUCGGGAUGUGCGGCUCGCUUGA